AUGAUCCUCAUGUCCACCACCAACGCCAGACCGGUGGACUAUAGCGAGGAAGCGAAUGAUGAGGUGUUUCCACGAUGGCGACGUCCCUUCUUCAAUCCCUACCCCUCAUGGAUAGCCUUCUUGAAAAAGGUCUAUCGCAGUCGUCAUGGCAUUGAAAGUGCUGACCAAUUGGACAAACGACCCUUCUUCACUGCAUUCCCCAAUUACAACACUGCAAGUGGACGGAGGUGGUCGGACACGAUGUGA